AUGAUCAUUAGCAUUCAGCUUUUCCCAGAAGUGAUCGAUAAUAUGGAAGGAUCAGGAAAUAGCAAUAAUAUGAUCGAAUGGUCUGAUGAUGAGGAUUUAGGCGGUGAAGGUUCGGGUGAUCAAAGUGAAGGAUCCGGUGAUACGGAACAUGAUCACGAACAAGCUAUAGCACCAAUUAUUACAUCUGAAGAUGUCCGGCAUACGGUAACCGAUCGAAUUACCACUGCCACUUACAAAGGUCAUAUUUUGCUUCAUCUUUUACACUGUACUUUAUUAUCCAGUAUUGUAUUUCCAAAAUUCAAUUCAAAAAUCAGUCAAUUUUAA